AUGUACCUCACACUGUACCACCUUGUCACCCGCCUCCCUGACUCCCUUCGCACUGUCAGGGACCAGUUUCUCGCUCUCUCCCCCACUGACCUCACUGUCGACCUCCUCGAGAAGGAACUCCUAGCAGCUGAGAAGAGUAUUGUAGCUGUAGGUGCCUCUCGUGGUGACCCCCGCACCCCCUUCUUUGAAGGGUGCUCCCCCUCCCCCCUCCUCCCCUCCAUUGCAUCUGCUGCUGCUGUCGACUACCUCGGUGCUGAGGGAGUCGGGACUGCGUCUGCUCCCCGUGGGAGGCGCAAGAGCGGCAAGGGCAAGGGGGGCAGAGGUGGUGGAGGUGGAGGUGGGGGCGGCGGCGGUGGAGGGGGUGGGGGGGGCGGGGGUGGUGGCGGAAGAGGGAGUGGCGCGGGUGGUGGGGGGGUCAGUGGCGGCGCAGGGGGUGGUGGCGGCGGCGGCGGUGGUGGGGGUGGGGGUGGUGGAGGAGGUGGUGGCGGUAGUGGCGUUGGUGGAGCGGGUGGCGGGCGCAGUGGAGCGGUGCAGCGUGGGGGGAAGGGAAUUGAUAUCUUUGCUCUUGAUUAUGAUGCUAUCCUUGCUGCCAUGUAUGCAUUGACUAUUAGUGCUGAGGGUGACUGUUACCUGAGUGUGCCGCCUGACCCAGGUAUUGGUACUGGUAUGGCUGCUGCGCUAGGUGCUAGUGCGUCUGCGUCUGCUGGUACUGAGUCUGCUACAGCACUGCACACCUUCACCCUGGACUCAGGUGCUUCCCGCUGUUUCUUUCGUGACCGCACAGUCCUUGAGUCACUCGAGCGGCCUGUUGCUGUCUCCCUUGCUGACCCCUCUGGGGGCCCGGUCCUUGCGACCUCCUCCACUGUCCUCCCUUGUCCUGCGGCCCCGUCUGGCACUUUGUCGGGUCUUUACCUCCCCUCGUUCUCUACGAACUUGGUGGCGGGCUCUGCUCUCCAGGACGGGGGUGUUCACCAGUUCACCCCUGCCUAUGAGCGAGUGACCCACUGUACGUGUGCUCGGACGGGUCGCCACCUGGCUACCUUCACUCGGCAGCCGGGGUCCGACCUGUACACACUGACCACUGAGUCCCCUCAGAGUUCUCCCUCCCCUCCCACCCUCGCCUGCUGUCUUCCCUGUGUCGAGGGGCGGCAGCGCGCCACCCCUCACUCCUCCUCGUUCCCUCCCACAGAGGCUCCCCUGCAGACUCUUCACCUGGACGUGUGGGGCCCAGCCCGCGUCCGGGGACAGGGCCACGAGCGGUACUUCCUGCUGGUCGUCGACGACUACUCGCGCUACACCACGGUCUUCCCCUUGCGGACCAAGGGUGAGGUCCCUGAUGUUUUGAUCCCUUGGAUCCGCGCUGCUCGUCUCCAGCUCCGCCAGCGGUUCCAGUCGGACUUUCCCGUCCUGCGUCUGCACUCUGACAGGGGUGGCGAGUUUUCCUCUGCCCUCCUGGCUGCCUACUGUGCGGAGCACGGCAUCCGCCAGACUUUCACUCUUCCGGACUCCCCACAACAGAAUGGGGUUGCUGAGCGCCGCAUUGGUCUAGUCAUGGAGGUCGCUCGUACCUCUUUUUAG